AUGUCCGGUAUUAAACGAGAGCGAGAGCAAGACGACAGUGGGCAAGAUGAGCAUGCUCCUCUCCAAGAGUCAUUCAAACGGGCUCGCGUUGUCAACGACGAAUCGAGAGUCGUAAAAUCCUUGUGUAUCCAAUUGUCCAAGAUUGGUGAGAACCCUGACGCUUAUGCCAACGAUAGUAUCUAUUCUGCAGUACCAUUUGCUUCAGACAUUGGCUCAGACACAUUUAGAGACGCCAUUUUGCGUUUUGCAAAGGCAUUCGUACUUGAACAACCUCAUAAAUUGUUCCAUUUUUCGGGCGUUGUCCUGCUUGCCAACUCCAAAAACGAGAAAGUGGGUCUCUUCUUAAUUGAAUACAUACAUCAGCAGAUCCAGGAUCUUUUGAACGGGACUAACAAGGACUCCUCCAAUGUUGGUAAGUUCACUAAGAUCAAAGCCUAUUUGAGGUUUUUGGCGUCAUUGUUACCAAUGAUAAGCACGGAUUCAGUUUACAAUAUUUUUUCUCAGUUUUUGAAACUUUCCCUCACUGUGAAAGAUUCUAAUUUGGGUCAAUUGCUGUACUUUAUUGUCACCUCAUCCAUUCCAUUCAUUGUUGCAUCAAAUCAGGGUUCAGAAGAGUACAAAGAGAUUGCUAACAAACUGAUAGAGGAAGCUAGUGCGUAUUCAGAUGAAACAAUUGCUCCUAAUGACUUAUUACUCGUUUUCCAGAGUUUGAACGGCUCAAGUUCUGAUUUGCCUUAUGAGCCAAAGCUAUUGGUGAAUUUGAUUCUUCCAGCUGUAAAGACCUUACAGAGCGGUAACUGGGAGAAUCUACCUUUUAUUGAUACCUACUCAAAGGUUUUGCCAGAAAUUGAAAAAUCCGAGGCCCCAAUUGCUAAACAUUCCAUUCCUCAGUUCAACAUAGCUGAGUAUUCUGAAUACCCAAUGGUGGGCUCCGUGGAACAGCUCUGGAAGCAUCCUCGUACACUUUUCGAAGCUCAUCCAGAGUCUUCAACGAAAAACAAUAACAAGUUUCAAACUAAACCGCCGGUAGAAAGUUACCUUGCCCUUUUAUUGCGGGACCAAGUUCAGGAUUUGGUUGUGUCCAUGGAGUACAAUCGUUUCGUUGUCUCUGCCCAAUUAUUACUGUUUUCCAAAUUUUAUAAAGAGAAAUUGUUUUGCAAAAGUCUGUCUUCGCCCCAAAAGCUAAGCAUACUGUGCGAUCUUCUAAACGAUCCUGAUUCUGCCACCAGUCUGAACAGUGAGGGAGAUAGCAAUGUUGCCCUAUUGAUUGAUGAAGUCCAGCAAAACAUCAAAGACGGAUACGUCAGUACUUGGAAGAUUGAAGAUGUCAUCACAGAAAGUGUGUUGGAUCUGAUGCUGCACCUUCCCAAGCUAGAUUUCCCGCCUGCUGUCUACUAUGGAACGCUUUUAGUGGAGUGUUGCAAUAAAGAUCUAAAACAAAUUUCUCGUACUCCAGGAAAUCAGACUUCGGCCAUUACAAAGUCAGUUGGUGCAUUAAUUGAGUACCUUUAUAAGCAAAACAAAUUCUUAGAUUACUCUCUCAGACUGCUUUACCUAGACUGGAUUACAAUUCAGUUCAGUAAUUUUGAGUUUGAGUGGAGAUGGGAAGAUUGGGCAAAUGACGAGGAAAGACUUAGAGCUUCCAAGUUUCACCCUAAUGCAAUUUUGAUCAGAAAUUUAAUAGGCAAAGAGGUGCGGAUGGCGUCUGUUGCUACCAUUAGAAAGACGCUCCCCGAGGAGUUUCAUCGCUAUCUGGACCUUUCCAUCUACUCUAAGGACAGAAUGGCACAGGAUACAAAGGACAUAUUUGGGGAGCUAUCAUCCCUAUUUACUAAAGAUGUUGAGACAUAUGAGAACGGCUCGAUUAAGGUCAAAGACGAGGACAUUGAACUAACUGAUUCAUUUUUGUUUAUUAAUGAAGAGCACCCUUUCAUGAAUGAUUGCAUUGACGUUUACGACAAUCUGCAUCAGUCUGAUGUAUCUGUUGAACAGUUUUCACAGAUAAUCGCUGACUUGAAAACAAAGUUGCAACAGCAUUCAGCGUUUUCUAUUAACUCGGAUAAAUACAUAAUAAUGCUGCUGAUUCAAGCUACAUGUGUUACAGGUGGACGUUCAUUGUCGAUCUUCAACCGAGCCCUUGGCGUAUCUAAGGACAAAAUCCGUGCAGUAUUCGAUACUUUGAUAGAUGACAAAUCAUUGCUGAAUAGCUGGAUAAUCGAUUCUGUCUUAAUUCUUUGGAAUCAUGAGCCAAGAAUAGGGUACCUAUUGAUAGAAAAACUGUGUCACGAAAAGUUUAUCACUGCCUCCAGUAUAGUCGACAGUGUCUUCAGUUAUGAGAGUUCGUUGCCAAUGAUCUCUCAAUUUUACACAAUAGAGCUGGUAAAUCGACUAUUUGAAAGCCACGGGGAAGAAAAAGAGUUCCUGUUUUCUAUAUUCAAAAACUUCAUCACAUCUAUGAAUAGCCUUAUAAAGAGUCUAGGGAUCACCGAUGUCAUCAGUGCCCCAGCAGAAGACGAAGAAUUAGGAGAGGUUAACGAACUGAAAUGGGGAUACGUUCAGUUAUGCUCGUUGUUGAAGUCACUUUUGAGGGAUCAUUUCGCCAGUUUCUUUCCGUUGAGAGAUCAGCUAGAGGAGGAGUUGACAAUCGAGCACGAACCCACCAAGAAGUUUAUCCUAUCCAUUCUCGGCGAUGCUUAA